CUUGUCGUGUCGUGUGAUGGCGUCCCCCUCCCUUCUCUCGGCCCAACAAUGUUCCUAUUUCCGAAUCACGACUCGAUCAGCGUCACUCCAGAACUUGGCUCCCCCGGUCUCUCCCUCCACAUGCUGAUGCGCAGAUGCACCAGUGCCACAGGGUACCCAUGGAUGGGGAAGUGACAAGGGUAGCGAGAUGAGGAGCACUCUGCGAAAGUCCAAUCUGUGCGAGACCAACCGUACCUGGAACUGAUCUUCGCUCUUGUCUACUAUUCCGGCUCCCUGUGCUGCAACUUUUGCCCUAGUGAAGCUGCCUCACCCUGCAAAACAUUCAUAAAGAGCUCGUCCCUCCCCCUCCUGCUCAGCUUGUCCUUCCUCUCCCCUCCCUUGUGUCAUCUUGCUUUGUACACCCACUACCCCUUCAGAGAUCUUGACCGCCACCAUGUCUGACCUCAAGGAUGGCAUUGCUCAGGAGCACCGGCGAUCGAGUGUGCUCUUCGCCGACGAGUCCAAACGCAAAGCCAGUGUUGCUCAACUGACGUCCAACACCAGUGGAGAAGUCCGCAAUCCUCUCGUUGGGAUUCCGCGCGAACAGAUGCUCCAAGAUGUCGAGAACUACGCCAAUGAAAACUCCUUGACCGACAUCCUGCCGCUCUUGAAGAAAGGUGCCCUAGUUGCUCAAAGCCCCCAUGCUAUCGAGCAUAUUCCCGAACUGGACGAGUCCGACCGUGUGCUCCUCCGUGAGGAGGUCACCCAUCGUUGGAGACACCCCAGGACCCUCUACUUCACCAUCAUCCUCAACUCGAUCGCUGCGGCUAUUCAGGGCUGGGAUCAAACUGGCUCCAAUGGUGCCAACUUGACCUUCCCCGUCGCCUUCGGUAUUCCUGAUUCUGGUCCCGUUUGUGAAGCCAAGGGCAACUGCGAAGACAACUCAUGGCUCAUUGGUUUCAUCAACUCCUGCCCUUAUAUCGCCAUCGCCUUCUUCGCCGGAUGGAUCUCUGACCCCCUGAACGACCUCCUCGGCCGUCGUGGAACUAUUUUCGUCGGUGCCAUCUUCUCUCUGCUCGCGCCCAUCGGUUCAGCUUGUACUCAACACUGGGGCCAAUUGGUCGCAACCCGUAUCCUGUUGGGUAUUGGUAUGGGUCUCAAGGAAGUGACUGUCCCUGUGUUUUCGGCUGAAAAUUCCCCAACAAACAUUCGUGGUGGUCUCGUUAUGUCCUGGCAAGUUUGGACGGCGUUUGGUAUCUUCCUGGGUACUUGCGCGAACCUAGCGGUCAAAGACACUGGCGACAUAGCGUGGCGCCUGCAGCUCGGAUCCGCUUUUAUUCCGGCUGUGCCUUUGGUCCUUGGUAUCUGGUUCUGCCCUGAGUCGCCUCGUUGGUUGAUGAAGAAAGGCCGUCACGCCCAAGCAUACAAGGCUCUACUCCGACUCCGAAGAAGCCCCCUACAAGCUGCCCGCGAUCUUUACUACAUUCAUGCCCAACUUGUCCAGGAAGACAUUCUAGUCGAGGAGUCUGCCGUGGCCACUCACGGUAACAUCAUCACUCGGUUCAUUGAAUUGUUCACCAUCCCACGUAUUCGACGCGCAACUCAGGCUUCGGGUAUCGUUAUGAUUGCCCAGCAGAUGUGUGGAAUCAACAUCAUCGCUUUCUACUCAUCCACUGUCUUCUCCAAUGCGGGAGCCAGCGUGACUGGCUCCUUGCUUGCCUCGUGGGGCUUUGGUCUGGUCAAUUUCCUCUUCGCCUGGCCCGCCGUCUGGACGAUCGAUACGUUCGGCCGAAGAGCCCUAUUACUUUUUACGUUCCCCAACAUGUGCUGGACCCUGUUGGCGGCAGGCUUUUGCUUCUGGAUUCCCGAAAGCAGCGACGCCCACCUCGGUCUCAUCGCGCUGUUCAUUUUCUUGUUCGACGCGUUCUACUCGCCUGGCGAAGGGCCUGUACCGUUUACCUAUUCUGCCGAAGUGUUCCCACUGUCACAUCGUGAGGUUGGCAUGUCUUGGGCCGUGGCCACCAACAACUUCUGGGCUUCGGUCUUGUCUCUGACGUUCCCUCGUAUGCUCCAGGCCAUGAAACCACAGGGCGCAUUUGGAUUCUACGCCGCACUCAACAUUGUCGCCUUCGUCAUGAUCUUCUUAUGGCUUCCAGAGACCAAACAACGAACCCUCGAAGAAUUGGAUUACGUCUUUGCCGUGCCCACUCGCACACACAUGCACUAUCAAGUCAACCAAGUGCUGCCAUACUGGUUCAAGACACAAAUUCUUCGGCGCAAGGGUCUCACUCCCCCACAGCUGUACAAGUUCGAUUCGGACGACUACGUUGGGUCUGACCGCGAAGAGGUCACCGAGAAAUCGGCCGAUGUUUGAGCUCCCUCUGCCUGGUGUCAAAUUACCCAAAAGGGCACAUGGCGGAUGCCUCCAGACGAUCUUUAAUGAGUAUGGGUGGAAAGCAUAGUUGUUAUUCAAGAUUGAUCACGUCGAUCGCUAAAUCCCACACGACACUACUUGAACUGUGUUGGAGGUUGAAUGGACUAUCCAGUCUACGCUCAUCGUACCCGGACAUUAUACCCCCUUUGCCGUCAUGGUACGCAGGUAGAUAGUCUAAGCAGUUUCAAUGAAGCCUUUAUCUGACCAUG